AUGGGUCUUGAAACAUGUUUUGUUGAAGCUGAGGCAAUGAAAAUUUCAUCUUAUGGUCUUCAUUUCAUCAUACCCUUUGCCGUUAAUGUGUUUAUACCUCUCAUCCCAAUCGUCGAGCCUGGCCAUGAAGUGAACUUGAUUACUCAUAAAGAUGGAUGCAAAUGGUCAGCAAUAAUACCCCAAGUUAUGUCCUAUGUCUCCUAUACAAAAAUUGAUUCAGAAGAUUUACCGACACUCUCGACAAAACAUUCGGCAGUGGCUUUACUCGACAGCUGCUGUCUUCUGUCUGAUCUCUUGGAUGAUGUCGAUGAUGACAUGAAUGAUGACUAUGCUGUUGCUGCUAUCUCUUAUUUUGGUCUUCCUUAA